AUGGGGCUGGCUGCACGCAGCGAGAAUUUGCCGCACGGUACGGCAAAGGCGCCGACGCGUCGAUUCCCCGCCGAUGUGCCUCCAGGGUUCUCCGGGACGUGCCAGGAGGCGGCGGGCGCCACGUGCCCUAACGCGCAGGAGACCUGGGACCUCUCCGCGGGGGUCUACACCGUCUCGAUCUGCCACCUGUCGCAGUUCGCGCUGUUCGAGCACAACGUCCCAUACGUCCCUCCCGACACGACCACGGCGCAGGGGCCCGAGCGGGGCGAGUCGUACGACGAGUUCGCCUUCUUCCCCGCGCUCGCGGGGGUCGUGGCCUUCCUGGUCUUCGCCUGCGGGGUCUGCUACUGGUCCUGCCUAUCCCAGCGUGCCCGCCGGCGUGUCACCGGCACCGAGAAGGUGGCCUACAGCGACCUGGGCAUCCGCGCCAUCGCCGAGAGGGUGCCCAGCCAGCGCCCCGGGGGCGCGCUGCGCCGGCCGCCGGGCCGGCCCGCGCGAGG